CCGCGAUGAGGAACACGCACGAUGUUCUCGGCAUAACUCACUCAUAAAAGUAUGCACUCCCUUCUGGAGUCCACCAUCCGCCUUCCAUCAUGAGCACAAAGCUAUUCGAGCCCAUCAGAGUGGGCGACGUGCAACUCCAGCACCGGGUCGUGAUGGCCCCCAUGACCCGAUUUCGCGCCGACGAGCGAGGCGUCCUCCCGGAUAUGGCUGUAGAAUACUACGCGCAGAGGGCGAGCACUCCUGGUACGCUCAUUAUCAGCGAAGCAGCUAUAAUUGCGGAGAAAGCAGGCGGGUACGACCAUGUGCCUGGGAUUUGGACGGACGAACAGAUUCAGAGCUGGAGAAAGGUUACGGACGCCGUGCACAGCAAAGGCUCCCACAUCUUCUGCCAACUCUGGGCGCUCGGCCGCGCCGCCAAUCCCGAAGUCCUCGCGCGCCAUAACAUCCCUUACGUCUCCGCUUCUGCGCUCCCCCUCCCUGGUGUCGCCACUGUGCCCGGCAUCGCCCCCGAGUCCGGACGGGAUGGCGCCCCGCGUCCGCUCACCGCCCAGGAGAUUCACGAGUACGUGGCAUGGUACGCCCAGGCAGCGCGGAACGCGAUAAAGGCGGGAUUUGAUGGGAUUGAGAUCCAUGGGGCGAAUGGGUAUUUACCGGACCAAUUCUUGCAGGACGUGAGCAAUGAACGGACAGACCAAUAUGGCGGGAGCGUGGAGAAUCGUGCGAGGUUCGGGUUGGAAGUUGUCGACGCAAUCUGCAAAGCCAUAGGCGAGAGUCGGGCCGCGAUCAGGAUAAGUCCUUGGGAGCGGUUCAAUGGAUCGGGUAUGAAAGACCCCAUACCAACCUUCUCGUACUUCGUCCGCGCGCUGCGCGACGCCCACCCGCACUUCGCGUACGUGCACGUCACUGAGCCGCGCGUCCUCGGCGACCUCGACCGCCAGGCGGCACUCGGCAGCUCGAACGACUUCAUCCGCAAGAUAUGGUCCCCGAAGCCCCUCAUCUCUGCAGGGGGCUACACGCGGGAGCUCGCGGUAGAGGCCGCGGAGAAGGACGGCAGCCUACUGGUGGCCUUUGGGCGAUAUUUUAUUUCGAAUCCGGAUUUACCGAAGCGGUUGGAGAAGGGAAUUCCGCUGACGAAAUAUGAUAGGAGUACGUUUUAUACCCAGGGGAAGGGGGGGUACAUUGAUUAUCCCUUCGCUGAGGAAGAUGUUUGAGACGAAUGUGCUACCCGCAUAUUGGGCUGCAUACCCACUAGCAGGGCUAUGUCUUGUAGACAGGGCACAGGACAACUGUUAUCUGACCUUUAUAUAGAAGUGCUAUCCUCCCGGUGUUGGUGUCAGUGAUGCAUGUCCCCUGUCAUGGUUUAUUAUGAUUUUG